UUCUUGUACAAGAAAUUCGCAAUAGAGAAUAAUCCUACUGUCAAAACAGUUCGAUAAAAGAACGCAGGCGCAUAAAAUAACUCUAGCAUAACUACUGACAUUAAACGGGAAAUAUAAUUUCUGUUCUGAUUCAUUUUUUAUGAUAUAACGCGGGUUCUCCGUAAUUUUAACGUUAUUUAAAAUAAUGCCGAGUGUAAAGUUAUAAGUUCAGUACAACAGCACAAGAUGAUGAUCGCCGCAAUUAAAUGUUUAGUCACAUUAUUUGUUCUAUGUUGUCUUAACCUAACUACGGCCAUCGAUCCUUCGGAAAAUGAAAUCGAUUCCGAUAAUACUUACGAGAAACACCCAAAAUCGCCUGCAAGUAUUCUUAGAGAUGAAGUGAACAUUCUGCAACUACUCAAUAUUUCCCCUAAGGACCAAGGUGUAUCUUCCGUUGAAGGUCCAAUUAGCCAUUUUCCAGCUUACAAAUUUCGUUUACCUUACGGUAAUGUCCUCAUAUCUAAUGCAUCAAAUGUGACAACCUCUAUGAACGAUCCCGAAGGAUUUACUGCUAUUUUUCUAAUAAGACAACAAAAAAAUAAUGUAGGAACUCUAAUGUCAGUUAACUCGCCCGGUAGACUCAAUCCUUGGUUCCAAAUUAUAUCAAAUUCAAAAACCGGUACACUAAGUUUGAAAUAUCGGUUGAAGGAAGUGAGUAAGAUCAAACAGAUUGAUUGGGGGCUACCAAAACAUCACAGAAGAUCACCAUUAGCAGCAUGGACAUGGUUAUCUAUUUCGUUUAAUCCCAAAUAUGGUAUCAUCCGUUUGGAUUUAGACUGCGAUCCUAGCAGAUUUGAGACAAUAAAGAAGAAAAACUUUACAGGAACUUUCAAUAUUCCUGAAGAUUCACUUGUUUACUUCGGACAAGAACCCGGUAGAAAGAAAAAGUUUCUGGGAUCAAUUCAAGUAGCAAAAGUUCUUCCUUACGUUACAGACCAAAGAUUAUGGUCGUGUGUUCAGAUUGCAAAUAAUCUUUCUUCCGAAUUCAGAAAACCGUAUUCCUAAGCAUUAUUUUGUCGUUAUAAAUAAAAAAAUAUAUUAAUAUUUAAUACAUUGUUUAAACUUGUAAACUACAAUUUUUUAAAUAAACUCAAUAAAUAGUGCAAUCACACCGCCAUGUUGUACCGGUAAUUUGUACACAACUAUUUAAAAUUCGCUUAUUGAUGCAAGAAUUUAGAACAAUGGAACCAAUACACUCAGCUUAACCAACAGCAAAUUUUACAAAUUACUAGAAGUGACACUAUCUACCUUCUCUCUCACAACAAUUAAGUUUAUAUAUUGCGCUAUUUUAAUUGAACGUAUCAUGACAACAACGAUCUGGUAGAUAAAAAAUCCGAAUUAGUAACUUACAUAUUGUUCAUAAUUCAUACUUUCUUGAUUUUUUUUAUGUUUAUUUAUUAACUAUAUUCAAAUAUUGAAGUUUAUUAUUCAAAUAAAUAAUAAAUUGUAUCUUGAAUUAUUAUUAAUAAAGAAUUACUAAAAA